AAGAAGACGCCGUGUCGCCACUUCCGCCAGAUAUUCAACAUGGAGAGUGGACUGAAGCUGAGUUUCUGGGAGGACGGGCCGAAGCCCGGACAGUUUUACUCUCUCCACGGCGGCAGCAGCAGCGGCAGCGGGCCGGGCACAGCGUGCGGGCCGGUCAGACAUACACUAAACCCCAUGGUAACUGGGACGUCGGUGCUCGGCGUGAAGUUCACCGGCGGUGUCAUCAUCGCAGCAGACAUGUUGGGUUCGUACGGCUCUCUGGCUCGAUUCAGGAACAUCUCCCGCCUCAUGAAGGUGAACAACAACACCAUCCUGGGAGCUUCAGGGGACUACGCUGACUACCAGCAUCUCAAACAGAUCAUCGAACAGAUGGUUAUCGAUGAGGAGCUGCUGGGUGACGGUCACAGCUACAGUCCGAAGGCGGUCCACUCCUGGCUGACCAGAGUGAUGUACAACCGUCGCAGCAGGAUGAAUCCUCUGUGGAACACCGUGGUGAUCGGAGGUUUCUACAACGGAGAGAGUUUCCUCGGUUACGUGGACAAGCUGGGCGUGGCCUAUGAGGCUCCCACAGUGGCCACUGGCUUUGGAGCAUACCUGGCUCAGCCUCUGAUGAGGGAGGUGGUGGAGAACAAGACGGAGAUUACCAAGCAGGAGGCUCGGGAGCUGGUGGAGCGCUGCCUCAAAGUGCUUUACUACAGAGACGCUCGCUCCUACAACAGGCACGAGAUCGCCAUAGUAACAGAAGAGGGCGUGGAGAUUAUCGGUCCUCUGUCUUCUGAAACCAACUGGGACAUCGCUCACAUGGUCAGCGGGUUUGAAUAAAGACGAUCUGCGACUGAUGGAGCCUCGGCGUUUCCCUGCUGCAUCAAAAACAACGAACGCUCACAUGCAACUUAUCUAUCCCAGUUUAGUUUUUUCUGAUGUUCAAUGUCUCUUUUGUAUAAUGGAAAAUAAAAAUGUCAUAAAUCGAAAA